AUGCCUCCUAUUGAGUCCCCUCAGUUGCGUUUUCUUAGUGACGCUGCACUGUUCUUGGGGUCGCGCAGCCCGUCCACGUCGGCGCAUCUGUUAGAUGCCCAUACUCGUGUCCUCCACAACGACCACAAAUCUCUCAAUGUGCGACAGCAAAAACAUCACUGUGGAGCUUGCGGUAGCCUUAGAAAGUAUCAAUCUACUUUAAUUGAUGUCAAACCACGAAAAAAAUCUGCGCCAGGCUCCGGCGCAAAAGUGUACAAGUGUGCGCGCUGCCAGCAACGCACUGUGAUCCCAAGCAGGAGAACGGUUCCAAAGCGUACGCAUAUGCCAGGUGUCAAAUUUGCGCCAGCUAUUACUUCCAUUGCUACAUCAAGUCCAUCUACGGUUAUAACAACCUCUGUGCAAACUCCAUCCCAGUUUGAACGCUUUGCGCGGAGGCGGACCCACAUUGACCAUGAUCCGCAAGCGGAUGAGCUCCGUGAGACUGCCCUGGUCACCCUUGAAGCUUUGAUCAGCUCCUGCAACCAGCAGAUGCAGCCGUACCUUGCCAAUACCACCAGUGCAGCUCUUCGAUUCCUGAAAUACGAUCCGAAUGUCGCUGAAAUGGAGGACGAUGAAGAGAUGGGAGGCACCCAAGAUGAUGGCAGCGAGGACGAUGCCACCGAGGAACCCGACAUGGACGACGACGAAUUCGGUGACUUCGAGGAGGAAGACGGAUACAGUGACGUUGAUGACAUGAGCUGGAAGGUCCGUCGGUGUUCAGCCAAGCUGCUCUAUUCGCUGGUCUCUACCUACGGUCGCAGCCGCGUCCUGGAUGAUGCAGCUCUGUACCAGCAGAUUGCUCCCGCCCUGAUUGCCCGCAUCGGACGUGAAAGAGAAGAGAGUGUCACGCUGGAGGUGGUGUCUACCCUGACUGCCCUCGUUCGUAAGACUAGCGAAGGGGCGGUCGUCGUCACUUCUAAUGGAUUCCUCGAGGCGGUUGGCGGAUCUAGGAAUUCUCGCAAGAGGAGACGCCAGGACAGCGAUGCUAGUAUGGUCGACUUUGAGCCCAGUGUCGGCACGUCCUCUGUGAUCGACUCACCCGUUGUUCCCUCCUCACCGAAGUCCGGCCCGCAGGCUGAAUUGGCCCGUUCUGUGCCCCUGAUCGUGCAGAGCCUGGUGAAGGCCUGGAAGCAAGCCUCGAUGCCUCUUCGACAAGCCGCCAUUAUUCUGCUAAAGAGCCUUUCGUUGGUUCGCUACGGAGGCCUGGCAGACCACCUUCAACAGAUCGAAGACCUUAUCGCGGACGCCCUCAAGACAUCAUCACUUUCAGGAAGCUCGGCGGCCCACUCGGGUGCGGCUGUCAGUGCAGGGACUCUACAAAUUGAGACUCUGGGCCUGAUCUCUGCCAUUGCGGAGACCCACCUGUCUGAUGCACUUUUGCCCUUCCUGAUCGCCCUCGUUCCCGGCGUCGUCGGUGCUGUGAAUGAGCGCAACUACAAGGUUAGCAGCGAGGCCUUGGGCGCCGUGGAGCAAAUCGUCAAGGCCUUGACUCCACCUCGGGCCUCGUCCAAUGCUUCUGAUAUGGCCAUGCAACUGGAAAAGCUUUACGAUGUGGUUCUUGCCCGCAUCGCUGACACCAGCGCUGACCUUGAAGUCCGUCAGCGGGCUAUUCACGUCUUCGGUGUCAUCCUGGCCCGCACGUCGGGUGAACGAGGCAUGGAGUAUCUGUCAGCCGACCGCAGGUCUCAGGGACUUACGGUUCUGUCUGAUCGCGUCAAGAACGAGACAACCCGUUUAGCGGCCGUUCGUGCCAUCGACGAUGUUGUGGUCCUAGCCGACCGCAAGCAGGACGUGACGGGUGAUUGGGUCAACGAUGUGACUCUGGAACUUGGCUCUAACCUUCGCAAGGCUGACCGUGCUUUGCGAGGCUCAUGUCUGGAAGCUCUUCGCAGCAUUGCCAUGAACUCCAACACUCGCUCACACCUCAAUGCUACCGCCAUGACGACUCUAGAGAAUGUCUUGCUGCCUCUCCUGGCCGCUCCAGAUUUCCACCUGCUUACUCCCACCUUGAUCAUAUUUGCUAAGCUGGUCCCCGGAAACUCCAAGACGCUGGUUAAUGAUGCUCUGAUCUCGUCGAUCUGUGCCAUUGUGAAGCAACCGUUGGUUGGCACCGUCCUGAAGGCUCUGCUUCUUCUAGUCAAGGUCAUUGGCGAGGAAGGUGCCGGUGCCCAAUUGAUGCAAAAUUUGUUACAGAAUGUUGGCAUUACUGGCGACUCCUCUGUCGUUGGUCGGGCCGUUGGAACCCUUCUAGUGCAUGGCGGACCCAACCUAGGUGUCAAGAUGGACGAUUUCUCGAACGAGUUGCAAUCUGCCCAGGACGACAGUCGCAAGUGUCUUGCCCUGGCAAUUCUUGGCGAGAUCGGACUGCGGAUGGGUGCCGAGUGCUCCCUUACCCCCGAUUUGUUCAUUGCCCACUUUAACUCUCCCUCCGACCAUGUCCGCUUGGCGGCUGCCACUGCCCUCGGCAACGCAGCAGCUGGAAGUGUCAAAGCCUAUCUGCCUAUUCUGUUGAACGGAUUGACCAAAUUCAACCCCCAGAGCUACCUUCUCCUCCAUUCAGUUCGCGAGUUGCUCCAGCAUCCUGAGGUGGUACGCCCUGACCUCGCGCCUUCUGCCUCCAAGCUAUGGCAGUCUCUCCUCGUCGUUUCGGAGGAAGAGGAUAACCGGGCCGUAGGUGCCGAGUGUGUUGGCCGUCUUGCUCUGAUCGAUCCGGUGGCAUACAUUCCUCAUUUCCAGGAGCAUCUUUCUACUCAAGACGUCGUUAUCCGCGGCGUAGUCAUCUCUGCCUUCCGGUAUACGCUUGCUGAUUCAAGCGAUGCCUACAACAACGUCCUUCGUCCCCUGAUGGUGCCCCUUCUGACCAACAUGCUCGCCGACAGCGACCUGGGCAACCACCGACUUGCAUUGACCACCCUGAACUCCGCCAUCCACAAUAAAAUGAACCUACUUCUUCCCCACCUGGACGAACUACUCCCCGCCGUCUUUGGCGAUACACAGAUAAAGCCAGAGCUGAUCCGCGAGGUGCAGAUGGGUCCGUUUAAACACAAGGUGGAUGACGGGCUCGACUUGCGCAAGAGUGCCUACGAAACUCUUUACGCAUCCCUCGACACCUCUGUCUCCCGCACGCACAUGGCCGAACUGUACAGUCGAGUCCUAGCCGGUAUCGACGACGAGCAGGAUAUCCGUGCCAUCAGCAACCUAAUGACUACCAAGUUGAUCACCAUUGCCCCCGAGGAGACCGAGCGCCGUCUAGACUUGCUCGCAGAACAGUACACCAAGGUCCUCUCAUUCAAACCCAAGGACAACGCCGUAAAGCAAGAGCUGGAGAAGGCUCAGGAGGCAUCGCUGGGCAUUUUGAAGAUCACCAAGGAACUCAGCAAGGCGUUCCCCAAUGCCGAGGCAUCGAAUGAUCUGCACCGCUGGAAGACAUACAUGGAGUACGUGCGGAAGCAGUUCCCCAAGGAGUACCAGAGUCUGGAUGACUUUUGA